AGGGGCGGGGCUCUGCGGGCAGAGUCUGUGUGGUGCUACCGCCGUAGCCGCCGCUGCCGCCGCCGCCGCCGCUGCUGCUGCUGCCAGAGCCGGAGCGGGCUGGGCCGCGGAGGCAAGAUGGUGGACUACAGCGUGUGGGACCACAUCGAGGUGUCUGACGAUGAAGACGAGACGCACCCCAACAUCGACACAGCCAGCCUCUUCCGCUGGCGGCACCAGGCCCGGGUGGAGCGCAUGGAGCAGUUCCAGAAAGAAAAGGAGGAGCUGGACAGGGGCUGUCGCGAGUGCAAGCGCAAGGUGGCCGAGUGCCAGCGGAAGCUGAAGGAUCUGGAGGUGGCCGAGGGCGAGGGCAGCAGGGCCGAGCUGGAGCGGCUGCAGGCCGAGGCACAGCAGCUGCGCAAGGAGGAGCGGAGCUGGGAGCAGAAGCUGGAGGAGAUGCGCAAGAAGGAGAAGAGCAUGCCCUGGAACGUGGACACGCUCAGCAAGGACGGCUUCAGCAAGAGCAUGGUCAAUACCAAGCCUGAGCGGGCGGAGGAGGAGUCGGAGGAGGUGAGGGAACAGAAACACAAAACCUUCGUGGAGAAGUAUGAGAAACAGAUCAAGCACUUCGGCAUGCUCCGCCGCUGGGAUGACAGCCAGAAGUACCUGUCGGACAACGUCCACCUGGUGUGUGAGGAGACCGCCAACUACCUGGUCAUCUGGUGCAUUGACCUAGAGGUGGAGGAGAAAUGUGCGCUGAUGGAGCAGGUGGCCCACCAGACCAUCGUCAUGCAGUUCAUCCUGGAGCUGGCCAAGAGCCUGAAGGUGGACCCCCGUGCCUGCUUCCGGCAGUUCUUCACCAAGAUCAAGACUGCUGACCGUCAGUACAUGGAGGGCUUCAACGACGAGCUGGAGGCCUUCAAAGACCGCGUGCGGGGCCGGGCCAAGCUGCGCAUCGAGAAGGCCAUGAAGGAGUACGAGGAGGAGGAGCGCAGGAAGCGGCUUGGCCCCGGCGGUCUGGACCCCGUCGAGGUCUACGAGUCCCUCCCUGAGGAACUCCAGAAAUGCUUUGACGUGAAGGAUGUGCAGAUGCUCCAAGAUGCCAUCAGCAAGAUGGACCCCACCGACGCGAAGUACCACAUGCAGCGCUGCAUCGACUCCGGCCUCUGGGUCCCCAACUCCAAGUCCAGUGAGGCCAAAGAAGAGGAGGAGGCGGGUCCCGGGGACCCCUUGCUGGAAGCCUCCAGUCGGGGCGACGAGAAAGACGUCAGCGCAUAACCCACCUCAGCUGCUGCCCGACUGCCUGCAGGCCCCUGUGCGCCCCUUUUCAGAAAACAAAAAUAGACACCAUCUCCCCAGCUCCUGGCUUCCUCCACUUUGGCUGCUCCCACACCUAGCCCGGAGGGGCCUGCCCACCCCCCUCCACUGACCCCACUCCCUGAGCGCUCAUCCAAGUCUGCUUUGAGUCAAGGGGCUUCACUGCCUGCAGCUCCCCCACUUCAGCAUUAUGCCAAAGGCUUGGGGGUCCAGGGAGGGGUAGAGGUUGCCAGGCUGGUCCACAGGGUAUGGGUGGGGUCCCCAGCUGAGGGCCCUGCCCCAGUCACUGUGGGCUCCGUUUUCACUGUUCAUCUGCUGUUGAGUCUCCUACAUAGUAAACAGCAAUUAUCUUCCAAUAAAGGAUUUCAGAUGCUCCGCGAGACCUCA